AUGACUUCGGUCGAAUGUCCUAUUCAUCCGAACGUUCAUUUAGUUGAGGAUCAUCGAGCAGGUGACGUUAUCUGUCCCGAAUGUGGCCUCGUCGUUGGAGACAGGCUCGUUGAUGUUGGUACUGAAUGGCGUUCUUUUUCUAAUGAGCGAAGUGGAACAGAUCCCUCCCGUGUGGGAGCUCCAGAAAACCCACUUCUUAGCGGAGGUGAUCUUUCAACAAGUAUUGCUGUGGGAUUUGGCGCAAGUGACAGUGAUACUAGGCUACGUAAAAGUAUGAAUAACACUGAUCGCCAGAUGACUCAAGCAAUGAGCGUAAUUAGGGAGAUGAGCGAAAGAAUUCAUCUUGCGAAAAGCAUACAGGACCUCGCUUCCAAAACGUUUAAGGAUGUUUUAGAUAGUAAAGCUUUGAAGGGGAAAAAUAAUGAAGCUCAGGCAGCAGCUUGUCUCUAUAUUGCUUGCCGAAAGGAAGGUGUACCCAGAACAUUUAAAGAAAUCUGUGCUGUUUCUCGAGUUUCAAAAAAGGAGAUAGGGCGCUGUUUCAAGCUGAUUAUUAAAAGUCUGGAAACCAACCUUGAACAGAUUACAUCCGCGGAUUUCAUGUCCAGAUUCUGUGGAAAUUUGUCAUUACCAAACUCCAUUCAGGCAGCUGCUACCCGUAUUGCUAAAAGAGCUGUGGAAAUGGAUCUUGUUGCUGGUCGGUCGCCAAUUUCGAUCGCUGCGGCCGCCAUCUACAUGGCAUCCCAAGCUUCCAGUGAGAAACGUUCAGCAAAAGACAUUGGAGAGAUUGCUGGUGCGGCUGAGGUGACGGUAAAGCAAACGUACAAACUUCUAUACCCAAAAGCGGCUGAGCUUUUUCCAGAGGAUUUUAAGUUUGUUACUCCCAUAGACCAACUUCCCACUUCGUAA